CCGACCAAACUCCGUAUAAGUCCUAAAAAUAAAAGGCAUCCUCCACGAAGAAAACGAGCUGCAAAAACUUUUCCGUCAAUGGCGGCCAUUUCGUCUCCCGCCGUCACGGCAUUGCUGAGGCAAAGUCCACCGGGAAGAACGAGCUGCCUAACUUCCUCCAGCUCAGUUUUCUUCAGUUCUAAGAUCAACAGCGGUCGCGUCGGGGUUGGGCUUCCGGUGGAUCGGGCCAGAGGUGCUAAGAAAGGGGGAUUAUCUUGCACCUGCCUCUUCGGACUUGGAGUGCCGGAGCUCGUCGUCAUUGUAGGGGUGGCGGCGCUCGUCUUUGGUCCGAAACAGAUCCCCGAAGUCGGCCGCAGUAUUGGCAAGACCGUCAAGAGCUUUCAACAGGCUGCCAGGGAAUUUGAAGUUGAAUUGAAGAAAGAAGGUGAGGCUUCCAUGGAGCCUUCAAGCGACAAAGAGGAUGAAGAAAAGAAGCAAGAAGCCGAAGUCCCAAGCGCAUGAAAGCAGAGUUCUUAAACUUAUAAUAACAAUAAUAUACACGAUGUUUCCUAAGAUUUGCUGCCUGCAGCAGAUUGUUUUCGUGUUAGGACAACAUGUCGAGACUUUACAACAGUGUUUCUAUUGUUGUUUUGUAUCAAAGAUAAUUAGUUA